GUAAAAAAAUGCUUUGAUACUUCAUGCUUAUAUUGUAAGCCAAUUCGCCUUCCACAACAUGAAUUUGGUAAUUUAAGUUUUCUCCCAGAUCCAAUCCCUUCAAAAGACAAUACGGACCAUUAUGCAAGCUUUCAACAUGUUUACGAAACUAAGACUACUGAAGAAUACAGGCCAACGUAUAUACAGUUGCAGGCAAAAUCAGAGUCUAUUCCGAAAUAUAUUCUUGUUACAGAAAAAAUUCAUGAUUAUAUUAGUUGUGAAAAUUGUAGAAAACGUCGCUGCGUAUAUACACCAAUUUUCCCUGACGAUCAUUAUUUGAAAGAAGUGAUAUUUAUACGUUUGCAAAUUAAUUAUGAUUCACCGAUCGAAAUACUCUAUUAUUCAAGCCGCAAAGCAGGAAAUUAUCCAAUUUGUUACCAUUGUGGAAAUAGCGAUAAUUUAAUAACUCCACCUCAAUCUUUGAAGGAACGUUUCAAGCAAAUUUAUCCAUUGUGCGAAAUUUGUCAGGAAAGCGGGAGGAAUUUUUAUAUAAAAGGGGCAGUUAAGACCAAUAAUAAAUCCAUAAAGCAUUCUAAAAAAUAA